AUGAACAUACAGUGAAAUGGAAUUAAGCUUCGUUUUGGGGCUUGCUUGCAGCUUUUCAGAAAAACAAAAAACGUACUUUAAAAAAAUUAUAAAUACACACAUAUAUAUAUAUGUAUAUAUAUUUUUUUCUUUCCAAGACACUAGACUUGAUCAGACAUUCGUGUAUCGGUUGCAUUUAUUUUUAUUAUUUAUUUAUUUAUUUAUUUUGCAAGAAAUAACGGGGUGGGUUCUGCUUUUGUUUUAGUGAUUUAGUUGCCUUCUGCAAGCUCCGUAUGAAGUAAGGAAAAACAAACAUAACAAACCCAUCGAUUGGCACAGCAUGGCAUAAAGGAAUCAAAAACACGUAAAUGUUGAAGAUGACCACUCCCAACAACCUCAAGUCACCCUGUGUGCCGAGGAACGGCUUGGUCAAGCUUCCGGCCCAGCCCAACUGUCUUGGCUCAGCCAGCAUCACCAAAGGGACCCCAGCGGCCAAAAACCGCCUGUGCCAGUCCUCCUCCGUGCCCACCAUCCUGCCUCCUGCCAGCCUGCCAUGCCACAUGGAGCCCCUGCCCGCCACUGCAUCCCUCCUGGCAGGCGACCCAGAUGAUGUCUCCCCCACUUCAGACCAGCCCCCUUGCAGGAAGCUUUCCAAGCCCUCCCUGGAGCGACAGCUGGUGCUGGACGAGAAGGUUCUCAACCGGCUGCUCUGGUACUUCGCCACGGUGGAGAAGUGCAUCCUGGCCCAGGUGUGUAAGACCUGGAGGAAGGUUCUCUACCAGCCCAAGUUCUGGGAAGGGGUGACGCCCAUCCUGCAUGCCAAGGAGCUCUACAGCCUCCUGCCCGGCGGAGAGAAGCAGUUUGUCAGCCUGCAAGCCUUCGCCCUGCGCGGGUUCCACUCCUUCUGCCUGGUGGGGGUCUCUGACUUAGACAUUUGUGAGUUCAUUGACAACUACCCCCUCUCCAAGAAGGGAGUCAGGUCCGUCAGUCUGAAACGGUCAACCAUCACAGAUGCCGGCUUAGAGGUGAUGCUGGAGCAGAUGCAGGGCCUGGUGCACCUGGAGCUGUCUGGCUGCAAUGACUUCACAGAGGCGGGGCUGUGGUCCAGCCUGAACGCGCGGCUCACCUCCCUGAGCGUUAGCGAUUGCAUCAAUGUGGCGGAUGAUGCCAUCGCUGCCAUCUCCCAGCUCCUGCCCAACCUGUCCGAGCUGAGCCUGCAGGCCUACCACGUGACUGACACAGCCAUGGCCUACUUCACUGCCAAGCAGGGCUACACCACCCACACGCUGCGCCUGCACUCCUGUUGGGAGAUCACCAACCACGGCGUGGUCAACAUGGUGCACAGCCUGCCCAACCUCACCGCCCUCAGCCUGUCAGGCUGCUCCAAGAUCACCGAUGACGGCGUGGAGCUGGUGGCGGAGAACCUUCGCAAGCUGCGCAGCCUAGACCUGUCCUGGUGCCCCCGCGUCACAGACAUGGCGCUGGAGUACAUCGCCUGUGACCUACACAAGCUUGAGGAGCUCAUACUGGACAGGUGUGUUCGGAUCACAGAUACAGGUCUCGGGUACCUCUCCACCAUGUCAUCCCUCCGCAGCCUCUACCUGAGGUGGUGCUGCCAGGUACAAGAUUUCGGGUUACAACACCUCUUUGGGAUGAGAAGUUUACGCCUCCUGUCUUUAGCAGGCUGUCCAUUGCUGACCACUACCGGGCUGUCAGGUCUCAUUCAGCUUCAGGACUUGGAAGAACUGGAACUGACCAACUGCCCAGGGGCCACUCCUGAGCUCUUCAAGUACUAUUCGCAGCACCUGCCCCGGUGCAUGGUCAUCGAGUAGUGAGAGGAUGCGGGCGAUUGGCCAGAGCACCAAACCUUCUCCUCCAAUCAAAACUGAGAGCUGACCAACUUAUUUCAUGCAGAACUUGGGAGAAAAACAAAAACGAGAAAGCAAGCAAGAACGAACGAAAGAGAAGGAACGGCUUGAUGAAAGAGAAAAAUAAAUAUUAAAACAAACAACAACAAAUUCCACAAACUUAAAAAAUGUUGCUUUGGUGUGACAUCAUUCAGUGUUUUUACAAAGGGGUGCUUGUACAGGUUCAUCCGAUCAUCUUGUGUCUUUGUACUAGGCAUCCAAACGGGAACUGGUGAAUUGGAAGAGAGCGAGAGAGAGGGAAAGAGACGUGACUAGGCUUCUUUCAGAGUGUGCACGGCACUAAGCGUUGGCGUCUGGCUAUCUUUGGUCUGUUCAGAUCUUGAAGCCGGUUUCUCCAUGUCUGUCUUUUAAAGAAAGAAAACAAAACAAAACAAAAAAAACAAUGUACAUUUUAUGUCCGAACUGCACGCUUACCCACUUGUUGUCAUGCUUUCUUAUUGUUUUUUUUUUUUUUUUAAUGAUUUUUAACUAAGGAAAUUUAAAUUUGUGGCAAGCAGUCAAGAGUUUCCAACUUCUCCUGCUAAGGCAGAAAUGACACCCUGUGUGAUGUCAAAUACAUCCCCAUUAGUAACAUGCGAGUUCUCAUACCUUAUGUAUUUUAUUAUCAGGAAUGGCUCUGGUGUUGGGUUGGGGCAUCUGAGGACUCAAAGGGUAGUAGAUGGGUUCAAAGGGACAAUAUGCCCAGCUUGGCCUUUCUUUCAAUUUAUUUGUUAUGAAUUGAAUUGUGUGAGGUUAAAUGAUUUUUGGGAUACAAAUUCCUAGCUUGAAGGAGAUGGGGCUUUGCACCAAACCCCACCUGGUCUCUUCCGAUUUGUAGCAAAGCAAAUUGAUUUGAUGGUUUUGAGAUGAGUGUUUCUGGCAAAAGCUGGCCACCGUUACCUCACACGCCAUUAAGAGAGCAUUUGCAUUGGUUGUUAAUAAUGUUUUAGAUCCCAUUCAGAUCCAUAAACACCAGGUACACAAGCACCAGCUAGCUGCUGAGAUCUACAGUAAUAGCCAUCUCUGUCAAUGCUGCUUGGUAACCUAGUAACAGUCAUCGCUUAGAAACCGCAAUGCAUUUGAGAUCACAGAGUUCUAAAAAUAAUAUUUUAGGAUGUUGUGAUUGUUGGCACGCAUCUAUUGUAUGAAGUUUGUCAUCAGGUGGCGCGAAUGCACUCCUUUAAGCUUACCUUCACACACAGCCAGUUUAGAUUGCUGUCUGUACUUAUAAAAGUACAGCACAUGCUAUUACAGAUUGCUUGAAAUACAGUAAUACUGUAAUUUAAACAUUUUAACGGAAAUUCAAAUUUAUUGAAACAAUUGCAAGAAAUGCAUAUUUGGUAAGAAUGUGUAUAAAAUCAACAGCAGAAGAAAUGGCAUUACUACCACACUGUAAAUUAAGUGUCUUCUUCCCUCUUGGCCAAUCAAUGGCAGUACUGUGAUGUUUGUUUUAUAAAUCUGUAUUUCUUCUCUUAUGUCUUUGUUUAAUCCUGAAUUGGAAGUCAGUGUUAUGAGGGGCAUUUGGUAAAGAAGUGUAGAGUUGCAGUGCCCUCUUGCUUCACUUUAUCAUUGAGGGUUGCAGACAUAUGAUUUUUAAUGUUGGCAGAGACACAAUUUUGGUUUUCCUUCUUCCUCCACAUCGGCCCCUACACUAACUCCAUGCUGGGGCAGUGGUUGAGUUCCUAAUUGUCCUUGAAAGUCCACACCCAGCCUUGUUUAUCUUCCGAGAUCUGAGCAUGGCAGUAGGACUAUAGGCGGGCGACUACACUACAAGAGCAAUUUUUGUCAUUAACUAUGUGAAUAAAGGAAAGAAGUGCUCACCUGUGGCCACAACAGUUAGUGACUGGGGGAGCCUGCGGUUGCUGUUGAGAAGUGUAGGAAUAUUGGGGGGGGGGGGG